AUGAGAUUCAUCAUUGGUGUAGCCCGUGGUGGAACCACCAUCGCUGGCUACAAUUACGUGAUUGAGUUGUCUGACGUGAGCAUCCGGGGCAUGGCAGCUACUCUUCCGACCAUGGGUGUGGUGUUGGGUGGCCUCUAUACUGCUGUACUAGGGUACGCCUUCAGUUGGUACGCUCUCAGCUUUCUCUGCGCGGUGCCUUCCUUCUUAUUCUUUCUGAUGACUUUCAUCCUUCCACCAUCUCCGUCUUUCCUAAUAGUGAGUGGUCGACGCCAGCAAGCUAUCGCUAUCUUGAAACUUUUGAGGGGAACCUACGCUGAUGUCGAAGGCGAGGUUGCAGAGUUGGAACGUCGCAACGCCGUCAACACCGAUGGCAAGAGCGUUGGCUGGCGUGACCUGUUGAAAAAGGAAGUGUUGCGACAAAUAAUUGUAGUUGUAGUUCUCUUCUUCCUAAUGCAGAUGUGUGGAAACUUUGUCUUAAUGGUGUACACAGCGCGGAUCCUUGAAGCAACCGGGGCGCCCAUGGAUCCCGAUGCCAUUACUGCCAUCGCUGCAGCCCUAAAGGUGGCUGGCGCACUGGCUGCCAUCCUGCUGCUAGACGUCAUUGGGCGGCGAUACCUGCUCGUUAUUACACAUGCAAUCAACGCUGUUUGCCUCAUCGUCCUGGGUGCAUAUGCCCACCUGGCUGAUAAUGCCGAUCCAGACGACACCACUUACACAGACAUGACGUGGUUGCCAACUGUGUGCGUGACGAUGGCGCUCUUCAUCUGCGACAUCGGCGUUCAUCCCAUUCCUUUUAUCGUGGCAUCAGAAUACUUCCCCACCAACAUCCGUUCCCAGGUAAAUUCCCAGUUUGAAAAACAAACAGUAGGAGAAAAUAGUUACUGGCUGAAAAGUCAAACUGCGUUUUCUUAUUUCAGCUUGAAAUAA